UCCUUCCUAUGACUCUUGACUCUGUGUUCGCACAAGAAAGAGAUCAUCAUGUCUCUCUUCAGGGGAGCUUCGAGGUCUUUGCUUAGAGCUUCUGCUCGUAGAGUGGCGCCCAUAUGUGCAGGUGCAUCGCGGCGAGCUGCAUCUUCCAUGACGGCAGAGUCCCAGCAGAAGGUGCGAAGGACGUCCUCCUGUCAUGUUCUGAAUGCUGAUUGGAAGUCAAACAGUUACUCUCUGCGAAUCUCGAACAGGCAGAUCCUGCUGUAUACGAAAUCCUCCAGAAUGUACGAAUGCCCACGAUUACCAGACCUUGUAUCAAGUGUUGACGUACAUGACAGGAGAAAAGAAGGCAGAAGCACUUCAUCAACCUGAUUCCUUCCGAAAACUUUACGUCGCAGGCUGUCCUCGAUGCUCUAGGAAGUGUUAUGCAAAGUAGGUCUUGGUACGAAGUGAGGUGAUGCUCCUCUGACCGCACUGCAGACAAGUACUCCGAGGGAUACCCAGGAGCACGAUACUAUGGCGGGAACGAAUUUAUUGACCAAGCAGAGCGCCUCUGUCAAUCCCGUGCUCUGCAGACGUUUGGAGUCAAGGAUUCGGACUGGGGUGUCAAUGUCCAGCCACUGUCUGGAUCUCCUGCCAAUCUUAUGGCCUACUCUGCACUUCUCAAUACACACGAUCGGAUAAUGGGACUGGAUUUACCACAUGGUGGACAUCUAUCCCACGGUUACCAAACACCCACCAAGAAGAUCUCGGCCAUCUCUAAAUACUUUGAGACUUUCCCAUAUCGUCUGGACGAGUCAACCGGCCUUAUUGACUACGCCAAGUUGGAAGAAAUGGCCAUGCUUUACAGACCCAAGCUUAUUAUUGCCGGAACAUCUGCCUACAGUAGACUCAUUGAGUACGAUCGAAUGCGAGCGAUUGCCGACAAAGUUGGCGCAUAUCUCUUGGCUGAUAUGGCACAUAUCUCAGGUCUGGUAGCAGCUAAGGUCAUCCCUUCUCCAUUCGAAUACGCAGAUGUCGUAACUACGACUACACACAAAUCCCUGCGUGGUCCAAGAGGUGCUAUGAUCUUCUUUAGGAAGGGAGUAAGACGGACCAACCCUAAGACCAAGGAGCAAGAGAUGUGGAACUUAGAAGACCCUAUCAAUGCUUCAGUAUUCCCUGGACACCAAGGCGGUCCACAUAACCACACUAUCACAGCUUUGGCAGUUGCCCUCAAGCAAGCCCAAAGUCCCGAGUUCAGAGCUUACCAAGAAGCUGUUCUCCUUAACGCCCAGGCAUUUGCUAAACGUCUCGGUGACUCCAAAGAUAAAGGCGGUCUGGGCUACACCAUCGUCUCUGGUGGGACAGACAACCAUCUCGUCCUCAUCGAUCUCAAGCCCCAAGGUGUCGAUGGAGCUCGCGUAGAACGCGUCCUUGAACUCGUGGGUGUCGCAUCGAACAAGAACACUGUACCGGGCGACAAAUCCGCUCUCAAGCCCGGCGGACUUCGCAUGGGCACACCAGCCAUGACAACACGAGGCUUUCAGCCAGACGAUUUUGUCAGAGUAGCUGAUGUAGUGAACAGAGCCGUGACUAUCACGCAGCGAUUAUCGAAGACUGCCAAGGAGGCCGCGGAGGCGAAGGAGAGAAAGAACCCUGGUAGUGUGAAGGCAUUCUUAGAGUAUCUAGGGGAGGGCGAAAAUGAGCGUGAGAUAGUCCAGCUCAGAAGUGAGGUGGAGGAGUGGGUGGGUACGUUUAGUUUACCAUGGGAGUCGAGCACAUAGGCUUGGGAAGUAGUAAUGAAUGUCAUAGUUUAUGGCACAAAAUCAUUCUCUUCACCAGGUUUCUACAUUAUGUAAAUUGGGUCAGGUGGCUAAGUACUUUACAUGUUUGGAUAUCAAUCCAGCAACAAAGAGUUACCGCACCUUGUAAAUCAAAACUUUCUACUAAGCUAAGUAAUAGGCAUGACUCUGCUGUUACUCUUGAUCUUAUGCUCGAGACAAUGUUAGCAGGAAAAAGUGAUAAGAAGAAGGGGGAAAUUGCCCCUAUUGCGAAAACAAAAAAGAAUUUGAGCCGUCAAACUCGUGUGUAG